AUGUCUGAGGAGAUGACCACAGAAGAGCUCCCUACUGUUCAGGCCAAAUACGAGUACUGCUAUGCUGCCUACGAGCAGUGUGCAGCUCUGUUAGGGUGUCGAUUACCUCCGUGCGACACCGAAGUUUUCGGAGGCGAUUACACUCGCUGGCCCACCUUCCGGGAUUUAUUCACAGCCCUCUAUAUACAGAACCCGAGACUGUCGGAAGUUGAGAAACUUUUCUAUCUCAACUCCAAGACCAGCGGUGAAGCCCAUGCCAUUGUGUCAAAAUCUCCUUUGACAAAUGAAGGGUUCCAGUCGGCGUGGUCCAGCUUGACUGAGCGUUUCGAGAACAAACGGUUGCUCGUAAACAAGCGCCAUCGCACCCCAGAAGCGAUAGCGGAGGUGUCAUCCAGCACGAACGCUCCGACGGUUCCAAGAGCCUCACCUAAGAAGGCCCCCGUCUCCAGGCAGGUCAACUCUUUUGUGACCAUUAAGACCUAG